UCGUUGGGCUGGUUCAGAGCUGGAAUUCGUGUAGGUUUUGGUACUCUUUUGAAUUUUUUCCCUUGCAUCUUUGCUUCCAGUCUUGAUCGAAGGGUGGCCACUGACGUGUAACCACAUCGAACGGAUUUUGCUGAUUCGGCUUUACUUCCAUCACCAUCGGUCAACUCCGUGAAUAGUCCGCUAUUUGUAGAAUCUGAGACACAAGCGCGCGCCUGCACCAUAUUCGCGCUCUUCUUAAUCUCCCGGUGAAGCCAUUGAUAGGAAGAAUCGCAAACUGUUGGGUCAAAUGUAUCGUAUUGGGAAUUUUCGUCCUGCGUGAUAACAAUCGUUGGAAGAGGCUUUUUUGUAGAAGGGCUAGAGCGCUGAUGUGUUUCGAUCACAGUGGUUGGCUCGCUGUCCUCUGGCAUAUCAACUGUGACCUCGCUGUUAUUCUCCAGUGGUUCAAUAACACCUUCAGCAUCGAUGCAGGUUUUAAUGCUUGCUGCUGAAUCUUGGACAUCAGGAGAUUUCGAAGUAGAGAGGUCCGUAUAAGACUUCUUUUUUAGUUCAUCAGUAGAGGCACCGGCUUCUUCCAAAUUUUUUAGGGUUUUAUCCAGUCGUUGCAUUGCCAGUGGAGGACCUCGGUGA